AUGGCAGUCUCAGGAAUGGGAGACGGUCGCAUGCCCGGGGGUGAUCGGCUUUUCAAUGAAGCCGCGACGGAGGAGAAAGGCGAACGCGCGCGUCUGUCGUCUUUUGUGGGCGCCAUGGCCAUCUCGGAUCUCGUCAAGUCGACUCUCGGACCCAAAGGAAUGGACAAGAUUCUGCAGUCCACCAGCCGUGGCGGUGGGCUGAUGGUGACCAACGAUGGAGCGACCAUUCUCAAGGCACUACACAUCGACAACCCUGCAGCCAAAGUCCUCGUUGACAUCUCCAAGGUGCAGGACGACGAGGUGGGCGACGGCACGACUUCGGUGGUGGUGCUGGCAGGGGAACUGUUGAGGGAGGCGGAGAAGCUGGUCACGGCAAGGAUUCACCCCAUGACCAUCAUUUCAGGUUACCGCAUGGCCCUGGAUUGUGCCCGGGAGGUGCUCAUCAGCAAGAGCAGAGACAACAAGGACGACCCAGCCAAAUUCCGUGAGGACUUGCUGCGCAUCGCCAAGACGACCCUGAGCUCCAAGAUUUUGUCCCAGGACAAGGAGCACUUCGCCUCGCUCGCAGUGGAUGCAGUGCUGCGCCUCAAGGGCAGCACCAACCUGGAGGCCAUUCAGAUCAUCAAGAAGGCGGGGGGGGCUUUGUCUGACUCGUACCUCGAUGAAGGGUUUAUUUUGGACAAGAAGAUAGGGGUGGGGCAGCCGAAGAAAAUUGAGAACGCCAAGAUUCUUGUUGCGAACACGGCGAUGGACACGGACAAGGUGAAGAUCUACGGCGCCCGCGUGCGCGUGGACGGCAUGGCGAAGGUCGCAGAGAUUGAAGCGGCCGAGAAGAACAAGAUGCGGCAAAAGGUCGAGAAGAUCAUCGCACACGGGAUCAACUGUUUCAUUAACCGGCAGCUGAUUUACAACUUCCCGGAGGAGCUUUUUUCGGACGCGGGGGUUAUGGCGAUAGAGCACGCGGACUUCGAGGGGAUUGAGAGGCUGGCGCUGGUGACGGGGGGGGAGAUUGCGAGCACGUUUGAGGACCCUGCGGGUGUGAAGCUGGGGCAUUGCAAGGUUAUCGAGGAGAUCAUGAUUGGGGAGGACCGCCUGAUCCACUUCUCGGGGGUGGCGCUGGGCGAGGCGUGCACCAUCGUGCUGCGAGGCGCCAGUUCACACGUGUUGGAUGAGGCAGAGAGGUCGCUGCAUGACGCCCUGUGUGUGCUGACAGCGACGGUGGCGGACAGCAGAGUGGUGUGGGGCGGGGGCUGGCCGGAAGUCAUGAUGGCCACGCGAGUUGACGUCCUUGCUCGCCGCACACCUGGCAAGCGCGCUCUUGCAGUGGAGGCGUUCGCGUCUGCGCUCCGUGCCAUCCCCACCAUCAUUGCUGAUAAUGCUGGGCUGGACAGUGCAGAGCUGGUGGCUCAGCUGCGGGCGGCUCAUGCUGAGGAGAACAGCCAUGCUGGCAUUGAUGUGAUCACGGGGCAGUCUGGCGAUAUGGAGGAGUGUGGAAUCUAUGAGUCUCUCAAGGUGAAGCAGGCUGUGCUGAUGUCAGCAACGGAGGCUGCGGAGAUGAUCCUGCGUCAUCUGGAGCUGUCGCUGGCGGAAGCGCAGCUCCGCCUCGCACAGGCUGAAGCGUUGCUCCGCGCGCAGGGGGUGGUUCCGCCAUGGGGAGAGGGAAAUGGGGAAGCGGGGGACGGGGAGGCGGAGGCCGGGGAAGCGGAGGAGAAGGUAGAUAAUGCGAAAAGGGAGGAGAGUGCGGGAGUUAAGUCCGGUAGGGGGAAUGAGGAUGCUCUCCAAGAGAUUAGUGGGGAAAGGGAUGAGGUACUUGCAUUGACCCUGUUGACUCAAGAGGCAGCGGUUGAUGAUAGUGAGGAUGGUGGAGGUGGGGGUGGUGGGGAUUUACAGAGUGGCAGGAGGCGAGGGAAGGGAGGGAGGAAGGUUCGUGGGAAGGCGCUAGAGAACUACAGGACGCGACACGUGGCACUGCAGAUCAUGUACUUGGGGUCGAGGUACCUCGGCUUUGCAUCGCAAGGCAUCGUGGGGCCUACUGUAGAAGGCCGGUUGGUGUCAGCUCUGCUACACACGAAACUCCUGAUCCCUGCCACCUCUCCUGCUUCCCCACAAGCACCCACGUCUGCCGCUGGCGAGGCGCUUCAAAUGACUUCCCCACAGCAUCAACAAGCUGCUUCUCCACAAGCACCCACGCCCGCCGCUGCACCGUCUGCAUCUGCUGCUGUCGUUGACAAUAGCAGAGAAAAGGAGUGCGAUGUGACUGUAGCGAGGGGUGUUUGCUGCACACCGCUUCAGCAGGAGGGAAGGCGUGUGACUGUAUUGAAUGGUGGUCGCACGCCACUUGGGCAGGGAGGAAAAGAUGUGACUGUAUCGAAUGGUCGAUUGGAUGCUAAGCUGCAGCGGAAGCAGAAGAGAGCGGCGAGGCAGAGAGAUGCGGCUUCCACUGAAUGUGGUUAUAACGAAGGUGCUUCUGCUGCUGCUUGGAGUGGAGCUGUGACCAAAGGAGGUGUGGUUAUAAUGAAAGACAUUAUGAAGGAUGAAUCGGCAAGAUAUUCCAGAUGUGGAAGGACGGACCGAGGGGUGAACGCCAUUGGCCAGGUGGUUGCACUUCAUCUGCGUUCCUCAGUUCGUCCACGUCAGCAACGCACAGAAAUGACAGCAACUGACUUCGCAACAGCUACUGCCACCUCAGCAGACCCAACUGCCAGCCAGAUCAACCUCAGCAGUGACAGCGUUGGUGCUGGUCUGGCAGCAACUGAUGUGGCAAGGGAGCCUGAUGACAUGGCAAAGGAGCCUCAUGACGUGGCAAAGGACACUGAUGACGUGGCAGGCGAGAUUGACUAUGUGGCAUCGCUCAACAGAGCUCUUCCUGACGACAUCCGUGUGCUGGCAUGGGCUCCUGCCACUCCGGACUUCAGCGCCAGGUGGGCCAUGCAGCGGGCAGCAGCACUCUUCAAGGGCCGCCAUGAUUUCCGCAACUUCUGUCGAAUGGAUGCAGAGAACGUCAAGUCGUUCGAGCGAGACAUGUCGCUGUGCCGCGUCGUGCCCUUUGCCACCCUGUCGUCAUCUUCUUCGGAGGGAGAUGUUAGCCCAAGCAGGGCUAUCAGGUCAGCUGAGCGGCCGUCUGUGUGGGUGCUGCAGGUGGUGGGGACGGCAUUCCUGUGGCACCAGAUUCGGUGUAUGAUGGCCGUGCUGCUCAUGGUGGGGCGCGGGCAGGAACGACCAGAGGUGGUAUCAGAGCUGCUAGAUGUGCACGGAGGGCCCUUCACCAGCAAGCCCCAGUACGCCCCGGCUGAACCCCACGGCCUCGUGCUGCACCGCUGCUCCUUCCCUGCUUCCCUGCGCUUCCACUGCUCUGCCAGUAAGUCAACCCUGGCCCUUUCAUGCAUGUGGGGACACAAACACAAAGCCAUCUUUGGCCCUUCCAUCCAUGCACUGUCUGUCGCCCCGGCUGACCCCCACGGCCUUGUGCUGCACCGCUGCUCCUUCCCUGCUUCCCUGCGCUUUCACUGCUCUGCCAGUAAGACUCCCCUGCCACACAAGGGCCGGCAACGCCAAGCGCCUGUUCUGCCAAUCCAUCCGCCAGCAGCUCAACUUAGCGCUCAUCCAAUGCUGAGUGCUCAGUGCCCCCACUAUCCUUCCCCCACCCAUCCUCUCCUUGCCCACCUCCCUUGCCACCAGAUGCCAAGCGCCUCUUCUGUCAAUCUUUCCGCCAGCAGCUCAUUGCAGCACUCAUCCGAUGCUGCAUGCCCGCACUAUCCUUCCCACACCCCCCCUCCUCCACCCCCCAUCGCUCCCCACCCACCAGACGCCAAGCACCUGUUCUGCCAAUCUAUCCGACAGUAG